AUGAUCUUUGGAAGCAAAGAAUUUCAUGACAAUUACUUAGAGAUGAAGAUGAAUGACAAGUCUCCAGGACGUUCAACAAGUCGAUCGAGUAAUAUAUCAAAGGCAAGUAGUCCAACAGGAACAGGCCCCAGGAGUCAGUCACGUACAUCUGUUAGCCCUUCUACUCAGGACAUUUGCAGGAUCUGCCACUGUGAAGGGGAUGAUGAUAGUCCACUCAUCACACCUUGCCGUUGCACAGGGACCUUACGUUUCGUACACCAGGCCUGUCUGCACCAAUGGAUCAAGAGCUCUGACACACGCUGCUGUGAACUCUGUAAAUACGACUUCAUAAUGGAGACAAAACUCAAACCGCUGCGUAAGUGGGAAAAGCUACAAAUGUCAACAAGUGAAAGGAGGAAGAUUGUCUGCUCUGUCACCUUCCAUAUUGUGGCAAUCACAUGUGUUGUGUGGUCUUUGUAUGUCCUGAUAGACCGAACAGCAGAGGAGAUCAAGCAGGGUAAUGACAAUGGUGUUCUAGAAUGGCCUUUUUGGACAAAAUUGGUGGUUGUAGCCAUUGGAUUUACGGGAGGCCUCGUCUUCAUGUAUGUACAGUGUAAAGUCUACUUUCAGCUGUGGAGAAGGCUAAAAGCAUAUAAUAGAGUCAUCUUUGUACAGAACUGCCCAGACAUUGAAAAGAAGAUUGAUGACAAGAGCACCUCAAAUAGUCAAAACUCUGGAAAUAGAGAGAGUGUAACUGUGCCAGUGUCACAGACAGAAACAACCUUACAGAGGGCACCAGAGGUGCAGGUUGGCAUCCCUGAAGUUGCACCAGUGUGAUGUGUGCUUCUGAUGUUCAU